AUUCAUAUUUAAAGUUAACUAUAUUGUAUUAUAUUAGAAAAAUAGCCAUAGAAAUGGAGCAAUGAUGAUAGAAAUAGCAGUAUCCCAAAUCGGUACAAGUCAGAACCUCCACUCGGGCUAGUUUGACUCCGGCAUGUUGUAGGUGACGUACAUGCCGGUCGCUAAAUGUUUUAGCAUGAAUUGCAGAGCUUCAGACUUAACCAAAUAUAUAUUUCACUGUACACGUUGAUCAUUAGAGUAUAAGUGUAAAUGAUGGAGGAGGAGACCCAGUCCCUUCACCUGGAUGAGGGACUGUCUAUAAAGGAAGAGGAGUUCGGACAGGCAGAGGGAAAGAUGAACCAAGUGGAGGAUGAAAAACCAGAGGAGGUUGAAGAGGAAGAUGAGGAGGAGGAUGAAGAAGCAUUGCCACACUCUGAAUUCCUGGACAUCUUUGAAGAAGGACUGGCUCGCCUUGUACAGGACCCUCUACUCUGUGACCUUCCCAUUCAGGUGACUCUGGAGGAGGUGAAUUCCCAGGUUGCCCUGGAGUAUGGCCAAGCCAUGACGGUCCGUGUAUGCAAAGCGGAUGGCGAAGUAAUGCCCAUAGUGGUGGUGCAGAAUGCUAUGGUACUGGAUUUGAAGAAAGCCAUCCAGAGGUUCAUGGAGCUGAAACAGCAACGGGAGGGUGGGGUAAAGCACGUCAGCUGGAGAUACGUAUGGAGAACCUUUCAUCUUGUAUUUCAAGGAGAGAAGCUUGAUGAUGACAAAAUGAAACUAAAGGAUUAUGGGAUCAGAAACAGAGAUGCGGUGACAUUCAUGAAGAGACUGAGGAAGAAGUGAAACGGAGGUACAGUAGUCUUCUGAACUAUGAUCUCACCCGAAAGAUGUUCACAGGCAAAGUGGUACCAGUAUAAUGUUGACUGUAACUAUCACAAUUUUAUGGCUGUGUGAACGAGAGAAAAGCUAUUGGAAAAUACCCCUGUCUUAUGUGCCUGUGGUAUUUUCCAUUAUUAUAAGAUAAUGCUUAUUUUGAAAGGACUCAACAUUUGUACUUCUUGCACUCCCCAUGGGGGUAUAACACUGGCAACCUUUUGAAAUAUAUAUUUGAUGUUUGUAAUAUUAUUGAUAAUACAUUGAGUUGAACAAUGAAUAACGCUGCUCUAACUUCAGAUUUCACUACCAUUGGAGUCCUGCCUACUCUGUGAGUUUCCUGCACAGUCCCCGUUGCUUCAACCUGGCUGGAGAUGUACAGCAACUAUAUUCAUACACUGACAUGACUCAGUGGAUGUCUAAAAGGUUUUUCAAUGGACAUCUCAACUGUUUUUUUACAUGUUGUAGAUAUGAUUGUGUGGAAUGUUUCGUAUGGUCUCCAUUUUUUAUUGUUUGGACAUAUUCUCUUGUCAUCUUGUACAGUAAAACUGUGCCACUUCAAAUAUGAAUAAAGGCUACAGUGCAACCAAAA